AUGAGCGAAGGAAGUAAGCUUUUUCAACUUUCCGACACCAUGUCGUCCUUGUUUGACUUUGACUUUACCAAGAUGGAAGAGGUCCAAAACUGGACGGGAAUAACUCCAACUAUGGAAGAUAUUGAAACCGCCGCCGCCUUCUUUUCCAACAACAAUAAUAACGACGCGCAAACUGAAAACAUCUCCUCUUCCUCCCCUACACAAAUAACAACCAAUCAGGGGACAAAGGAAAAUCAUGAAUUUGUAAUGUCAGUAGAAAAUAACGAUUUAAUGGAGAUAUUACUUACACAAAAGUUCCUUGAUGGAGAUUCCGCCAUCAGGACGGAAACAAAUAGUCAAGGAGUAAAGGGAAUUCAGGAAUCAGUGAUGGCGACAGAGAAUAAUAACGAUUUAAUCGAUAUGUUACUUCCACAAGAAUUCAUUAAUACGGCGAGUACCUCGGAUAUGUUAAAACAAUAUCCGGAAAUCGAGUUCAAUGGUGUAAAUGAAGGAAGAGGGUUGUUAACAGACGAUGACUUAAUUUUUCCGGACGAAGAUAUAUUGUAUGCGAUACCUUUUAUAGAUACCAACACUUCACCUUCUAUGAGCACGCCUACAUCUCUUUAUAAUGACGAUCUCACUACACAUUCCACGGCUGAUAUUCUUGAUAAGUCUUUUCUAUCAAUUUUCGAUGAGCCGCUUAUGCAAGAUGAUACUACUCUAUUUAGUACUUCUCCCGCAAGUACUUCAUCAAUAUCCGAUGCAACUCUCGAACUUUUCUUGAGCACACUUGGCGAGUUACCUUCUAAUAUAAAUGAUGCAACAACACCGAUCACUCGAACCCAUGAAUUAUAUUGCACUCUUCCAUCGACUGUCUUUCCAACCAUAGCUUCUUCGACAAUACCUGCAACAAAUACUAUUAACUAUAUAACACCUGUAUCUUCCCAAGCAACAUCACCCGAGAAAAGAACUUC